UCAUUUAUUAACGUAGGGACGACAAUAAAAAACAUUUCUCUAUUGACAUACGAAGAAUAGAACACAGGCAUAUAUCAGUUGAGAUGAAGAUGGCGGACCAAACUGUCGUUUUGCGGAGGAAUCGGCCAGGGACUAAAGCCGAGAAUUUUUAUCGGUGGUGUGAUGAAGCUUAUGAGGAGAUGGACUCCACUCUAGUAGUUCAACAGUACAUUCAACAAACCAUCCGUCUCGACCACAAUAAUAUUGACACCAUUCUUAAUGCGCCGGAGACCCAAGAUGAGGGAGUUUGGAAAUAUGAACACCUUAGGCAAUUUUGUAUGGAGCUGAAUGGCUUAGCUGUCCGAUUACAAGGAGAAUGUCAGCCAGCUACUUGUACACAGAUGACAGCAACAGAACAGUGGAUAUUUUUAUGUGCGGCCCACAAAACCCCAAAGGAAUGCCCAGCCAUUGAUUACACACGACACACACUCGACGGAGCUGCAUGCCUUCUUAAUUCCAACAAGUACUUUCCUAGCAGAGUGAGCAUCAAGGAGUCAUCUGUGGCCAAGUUAGGGUCAGUGUGUCGGCGGGUUUACAGGAUAUUCUCUCAUGCUUACUUCCACCACAGACAAAUCUUUGACGAAUUUGAGACGGAAACUACUUUAUGUCGACGGUUCACAGUUUUCGUGACUAAAUAUAAUUUGAUGUCUCGAGACAAUCUUAUCGUUCCGAUCUUGGAGGAUGAAGGUGCUGGACAGGGGGAAUCUGAAGCUUAGAGAAAAACCAAGAAAACAGAUUACUGUACUGCCAUUUAUGAACAGUAACCAGUGGGUAAGUUAUAUGGGUCUGUUGCUUAAAUUUGCUUCGACUGGAUCUGAAUGCAAAAAUACCUUGAUUAUGUGCAGCUUCACUCAUUGUACAGGAUGGUCAAGUGUGCUAUUGAAGUACCUCUUUUUGUCUUAAGAGUUGUUCUAGUAAGUUGGAAAUACAAUGGGCCCGGAGUCUCAAAGGUUCUCAUGCUAUACUGUAAAUAGCAGUGUUAGUGUGAACUGACUGACUGACUGCUCAUGUCAUGGGCUCCACAUUGCUCCCAAUGCUCUUGUACAAUAAACAACUUCCACAAUGCUGUGGUGAUCAUUGUUGUGCUGUAGUUCAUUGUACAUUUAAAUGGAGAAAUUUAUCAUUUGGUCCUCUGAGAACAUGGAUACUAGAUCAUGCAUUUCGGAGGAUGUACUUGCCCUAUUUGAUAUUAAUGAAUGUAAAUGGCUUUAGUUUUUAAACUUAAGAGUAAAGAACUAAUAAGUGAAACAAUGACUUCUGAACUGAUAAAUAUGGAGUCAUGAACACCAUUACUUUUACUACAGAAUUUGGGUUAAAUGUAAUGGAGCUUGUCUGCUUUUACUAUUUCAGUUUAGACUGGGAAAGAUAAUAUUAUGUUAUUAAAUAUUUAUACUGUACAUUUUAAUUCAUUGUCAUAAUCAUUAAUUUUAAUCUAGUAAAAUGACAAAAAUUUAACUUUGUGUUUUGAUAAUUUUAAGCAAUGUCAUAAAGUAGGCUUAUCUUGUUUGGCCAAGUUCAGUGAAGGGGGUUUCUGUAUUUAUUAUCAGUCCUGGGUCUUUUAAAUGCUUAGUACUGACAGUAAAGUGCACAGAACAUCUCAUAAAAGGACUGAGAUAAAGUAGAUAAGACGACUAUGGUAAUCCCCUCAGAUAAUUAGGUAAAGAAACAUGCAUAUUAUGGACACCUAAAGGAGUAAAUCAUAAAAUUUAUACAUUAGUUUGAAAUUACUGUAUAUUUGAGUGUAUAACUGAAUGAAGUCUUAAAUUUUUUGACAGUGAAGUACUGUAUACUUUUCCAAAAUACAGUACUUUGUUAAGGGUGUAUCAUUUUAUGUAUGAUCAAAAAUAUGGAAGAUUUUUAUUUAUUUUAUAUACAAAGUUUUAUGAUUUGUGUUUAUCAAUUUUGUGAUGGAAUAUAUUUUAGAGGCAAUCAAAUAUAUUAUAUGCUUUAAAAUUUAAGGUGAAUAUGACUAUGGUACAUUUAUUCAUGUGAAAACUGAGAAAGUGUCACUCAUGAUUUCUUUUUAUGGAUUUUGGUUUCUCUGAGGGAGUUAGGUAUCACACCAUACAAUAAUGUUUUAAACAGGCUAAUUAUGACUGCAUAAAGGAAGAUUCAAAGUUGUAGUUUUAUUAUGUUGCAGGUCAACUUUGCCCUGGACCUAAUAGGCCCCAACUUAAGUUUGACAAAGAAAACCAUUAGGGUUGGUGCUCAUUAGGACUGGUUCCUGAUCCUGUUGAUUAACUUAGGUUAAGGCCUAUUAGGACCAGGAGUUAUCGACCAGUUAGGCAAGUUGAUGACCAGAUGGUAAAAUUGGUGUAUUCAUUUCCUUUGGUGUGCAUAAACAUGAUCACUCUUAAUGUCUAUACUCUUGAAUAUGGUUAACCUUCUAAUUUUGGGGUUCUUACUCAAUAAAAUCAAGGUUAUUGGUCCUGGUGAAUGUGCUAACUUUUGAGUCCUGUUGUAAGGGGCAAAUUACUCUCAAGAACAGUGGUGUGUUGUGAAGAAAAAAAAACUGCUAGGGUAAGCAAAUAACACUGUUGAUGACAUUAUAUUACUAUCAAGUACUAUGAGUAGUAGUCUACAAAAGUGUGAAACAACAAAAAUGGUUUGAUGAUUAAUAGUUAUUUUUUGUUUGUCUUUAACCUUCAUUUAUGACACCGACAAGGCAUUUAGAUAAGGUUUUUUGUUAGAUAAUUAGCAACUCUCGGUACAUUAUAAAUUAUUUCAGAUUUAUUCCUAAAUGAAAUAAAUUAUUUGGGAUGGAUUAAGGUGGUAAAAUGAAAUACUGUAUAAAUUAUUAAAAACAAAUUGAAAAUUGUUUUGAAAUCUUGCCUGUGACUUUAUGAUUGAUCUGGUAAUGCUGCAGUGCUGUAGGGGGUAAUAGCAGGGGAGCGACAACCAGGAGUACAUUGUGCUUUCCUUACUCAAAUCACUAGUAAAAGGUAUUCUACUCAGUGAUGACAACACACAUUAUUGAGGGGAAAUUCCAGCAUCGGAAUGCUUUUCCACAGCAUAUUAGAUUGCUCUGAAUCGUAUUUAUAUGGAUUUAGGAAAAAGGGUUAAUAUAAUUAAAAUUAAUUGUUUUCAUCAUAUGUCUGGCAGGGCCAUAUCAUUUUGCAUGUAAGAGGGCAGAAGAGGCUCCUGCAAAUCAAAUGUGUAUUCGAGGAAUAGAUUUUCUCGCAGCAAAUGCUCCUGUCUUGCAAAUUUCAAAAUUCUAGUCUCUUAUUACAGCAGGAGUAAAUUCACUGAGAUUUAAUACAAAAAAUGCAGUUUAUACAGUUGUGUAUACAAUGAAAUAAUAUAUAAACUAAAGAGAUAUAUUGAUUUUGAAGCAAUGAAUUUUUAUAGGGUAAGUGAUGCUUACCUUGCUUCUCAGGAAUACAUACCACUGUCCCAAAAUCAAAACCAGGGGAAGAGGUAAGGGCAGGAAAAAUUUUCAUGCUAAAAUCAUACAUUUGAUAGGUUUGGUUAGAGGCAGUUAGUCUUAGGUUAGAUUCUGGGUCUGUGGAUUCAUAGGAAGUCCUGAAGUAAUGUAGGAAUGGAGUAACCUUUGUGUAAACCACAUGUAAGAUUGGUGUAAUUUUUUUAUUUACACUUCCUAUAUUUGUGCAUCAUUUUUUCGUGAAAAAUGAAUUAUUGUGCUAGUUUCUUUUUAGAGAAUUUCAGUAUAUGUUUUCAUUCUUUGACUAAAAUACAGCCACAAAACAUGGAAA